GCGACUUGCCUCACCGCGCUGCUUCACCGCCACGCAUGAAGGCGGCGCGCGGUCUCGCCCCGUCCCUCCGCCACGGCCUCCCGCCCCCGCCGACCCUACAGCUCCCGCCAGCGCCUCCUCCGCCGCCACCCGCCGCCGCCGCCGCAGACGACAGCCUGCCUCUCAACCACGUCGUCCACCUUGGCGCCGCGCUCAACGAGACCGCCUCGCUCUCUGACGGCUCGACCGUGCACCGACUUGCGGUGCGCGGGCCGCCGGGCUGUGCGUGGCUCUCGGCGCGCCUGGAGGCGCUCGCGCUCCGGCCCGGCGAGCGGCUCUUUGUGCACGGCGAGCGCGGCGUCGGCGCGCAGGGAGCGUGGACGGCCGAGUCGUUGCGCCGGACCGGGCGGAGUGCCGUGGAGGGCGGCGCCCGCGCCGGCACGCUCGUGACGCCGCCGCUGCCCGGCAGCCUCCUCGUGAUUGAGCUGCACUCGCCCGCCGCCGCCGCGGCCGCGGCGCCCCGCCCUCCGCCCGUGCUCGCCUCCAUCGUCGCCGGCACGGCUCCAAUCUUCGGGACGGCGGCGCUCGAGGCGCGCGACGCGGACGCGUACUCCGCGCCCGCCGCGGACGAGUCGGCCGGGGACGGCCCGCUCGGCCUGUGGCGCAGCCUCUUCGGCCGCUCCUCCGUCGGCGGGCCGCCUCCCUCACUGCUCGCACGCGGCGCCUCGGGGCUGCUCCCCUUCCUCCGCCUGCCGUUUCUCGAGGUUGGCGGCCCGGGCGCGGAGGAGGAGGUGGGGGAGGAGGAGGAGGGCUCCCGCCCGCUGCCCUCUGACCGCCGCCGUCUGGCCGGCCGCCUGUCCGCCUCCAACGCGACUUUCUCCUUCGCCGGCGACGACGCGAGAGCCGAGGGCCCGCUCGCCGCCGCCGUCGGCGCGGGAGGAGCGUGCAUGGUCGACGUCGCGUGCGUGCCGGAGUGGGAGGAGGCGGCGCGCGGCGUCGUGGCGCUGCUCAUCGACGGCGGCCUCUGCACGGGCUCGCUGCUCAACGAGAAGAGCAGGCAGCCCUCGGACCCGCCGCUACUGCUCACCGGCUUCCACUGCGUGCGCAGCUUCGUGGAGCGCAGCGUGCGGCGCGGCGUGCCGGAGGGCGCGGCGGGCUCCUUCGUGGAGGCCUCCGUCAUCUACAACUGGCGCUCGCCCGGCUGCGCUUCGCCCCAGCCCCCCGCCCCGUGGCGAGGCGGCGGGCUGCAGGCCUCGUACGGCGCGCGCAGCUGCACCCUCCCGACGCCUCCCGCACCCCUCCCAACCCCAACCCCCUCCGCGCCAGCCUCGACCGCCUCGAUCCACCACCCGUCGGGCGACCUGCAGAAGAUUGCGAUCUCCUUCUCCUCCCCCGAGCGGUCCCUCUUCUGCCCCGGCUGCUGCGACGAGGACGGCGGCCGCACGUCGCCCGACCAGCGCUGCUGGCGGACGGACGAGUGGAAGGACGGGCUCGUCAUCGGGCAGAUGCACGGCGGCUACGCGACCUGCGCCCACCCCCGCGACGACUUCUUCGGCCAGCUCGCCCUCGCGUACAACAACACCAAGCGCUACGAGCAGCCCGCCGCCGCGGCGGCGCUCUGGCCUCACAUCGACCCGCGCCCGAGCGGCUCCCUCCGGCUCAAGGGCGCCGCGGCCUCGCCGAGCGAGGAGCGCACGGAGCCGCCGCCGUCCCUCCGCAUGUGGUCCAGCGCGUACGCGGCCAACCACCGGCUCGUGCUGCGCGAGGGGGCGUACUUCGCCGCGCCCGUCCACCUCGCCCUCUCCGCCCGACCCACCGCGCCCGUCAACGUCUCGCUCGUCGCGCUCGCGGCCGACGGCGGCGCCGGCGGCGCGCCGACCGUCCAGGUCGAGGUGGAGCCCCGCUCCGUCACCUUCCACCCCGACACGUGGUACGCGCCUGCGAAGUUUGCGCUGCGCGUGCGCAAAGCGGCGCCGACCGCCCACAGCGCCGCGCCGCCCGAGCGCACCGUCACGGAGCUCGCCGAGGGACUCACGUCCCUGCUCGGCGCCACUCAGAUGCAGCUCGCCGCGCCGGCCGUCGUUGCCUUUGCCGGCGCACUGCCGUACGCCGAGCUCUCCGAGCCGACGGGCUGUCCCUCCUACUCGGAGCACCCGCUCGCCACGUACGUCGGCCGCGGCAUCCCCACCGCGCUCCUCCUGCCGGCCGGCCGCUACUUGCUGCGCGGCCGCGGAGGCGAGACGUGGAGCCGCAAGCUCGCGCCUCCCGCGGCGUGCGACGCGGUGUGGCGCGCCGCCAGGCCAUUCGCGCUCACCUGCGGCGGGCAGCUCUCCUCUGGCGACGUCGCGGCGCUCACCCGCGGCUACAACGAGUUGAUGGCGCACGAUGACGCGGCGCGAGACUUCCGCAGCCGGCCGCGCGUGCCGGAGUGGGUCAGCGGCGGCGCGGGCCGCACCACGCCGCCUCCGCUGGUCGACAUGGACGGCGACGGCCGCGCCGACCUCGUGCUCCGCUUCUCGCUGCCCGAGGGCGCGUCGCUCUUCCAGAUCGACUCGUGCGGCUCCGAGCAGGACAUGCGCCUCCGCCUCUACCGCGGCUGCCCGUGGGGCGCAGGCCAGCCGGCGGGCGAGCCCCUGUCGCCCCUGCUCGCCGACGGCGACUCGGCCACCCUCAAGGCAUGCCGCGACCCGCUGGCCGCUGCGGCGGGUGCGGGCGGCGGCGGCGGCGGCGGGCGGCGCCUCGCCGGGCUGGACGGGUUCCUCUCUUCGGCCGCGCUGAACGGGAGCGAGCCGCUCGCGCCGGGCGACUAUUGGCUGGUGCUCGACAGCGACGCCGAGGAGGCGGGCUUCGACGGCCAGUGGCAGCUGCGCGCGCAGUGCGCCUCGUCGGACGGCGAGCCGCUCACUUCGCCGACGCCCGCCGGCGCGCUCUCCGCGCGCGGCCUGCCGGUAGCCUCUCCGUGCGACUUGCCCGAGGGCGGCGGCUGCACGGCGUGCACCGGCCUCGACCGGUGCGGCUGGUGCGCCGACGCCGACGGGUACGGCGGGGCUUGCGUGGUUGGCGUCGUCGAUGGGCCGCUCCUCGCCGCGUGCGGCGGGGAUCGCGUGUGGCAGCCCUUUGAGGAUAGCUGCGGCGUGCCGCCCAGCCCGAGCCCGUGGCCCGAGGAUCAGGAAGUGUCGCCUUGGGCGUGGCGGAGCGCUAGCGAACCCGCGCCAGUCGCCGCCAACGGCUCCGCCGGCGCCGCCCCGUGGGCCGCCGGCCUCGCUGCCUUCGCCGCGCUCGCGCUUGCGCGGCGCCAAAGGCGCCGCGGCACCGCGCGCCCGAUGGUCUGAGUGCUGAGAGGGUCUGGCUCGUUCCGCGCUGCACUGGCGAGAUGAGCCCCGCUUCGGUCUUGACCGGGCGGUUUUGUCAAGGUAUGGGUGUGUCGGCGUUUGCUGUUUUGCGCGCGCUUUUGCGGGGAGCGGCAACGGUGUGGAUGAUACUGUGUGUGGCUGGGUCCUUGGAGCCCUCCUGAUAAUGUGUGUAUUAGAAUUCUUUUGGCCCCUAAAAGAAAGAAAA